AUGACAUCAACUGUAUCAAAUCAACUUCCUCCACGUACAACAACAAGUCAUCGAUGGCCUAGAAAAUGGGCAACACUUGGUGGACGUGGUUCACCAUCAACAUCAAUACCUUCAUCAAAUAUUAAUGAUUCUGAUUUUACUGAGAAAACAAAUGGUCAUAUAAAUGGUAAUGGUCAUCAUCAUCAUCAACAACAACAUCGAUAUUCAACAUCUUUAUUUCGUAAAUCAUCAACAAUAAGUCGUACAAAUGGUGGUACAACAAUAAAUAAUUCCGAUUUAAAUAAUGAAACACCAUCAUUAAAAAAAUCUCGUUCAUUAAUAAAUGUUUUACGUUCAAAACUAAAUUCACCAGCUGUACUUCGUCGUUUUCGUACAAAAUCACGUGAAAAUUCAAAACAAAUUAUAACAGAAAUUAAUCAUGAUGAUAAAAAUAAUAAUAAUGAUAAUGAAAAAAUUUCAACACAAUUAAUAAAUGAUGAUAAUAAUAAUCAUAAAAAAAUUCGUAAACGUGAUCCAUCACCAAUGAAACGUUUUACAAGUCGUUUAGCACAAUUAACACGUAGUUCAACACAUACAUCUAUUGAAAAUGAACAACAUAAUAUAAGAAAAUCUUCAUCACCAUCACCACCAAUACAUAAUAAUAAUAAAGAUCAAGUUGAUCAUAUAAAUGCAUGUUAUGAUGAAAUACGUGCUAAAUAUUUUGAUAAUAAUAAUAAUAAUACAAAACAAAAAAAUCUUAUAUCACAAUAUUCAAAUGUUCCAUUAACAAAUGAACGUUUUAAAGAUAUUUUAUCAACAACAACAGCAUCAUCAAUUGAAUAUUAUGAACGUCAAAAUAAUGAUAUACAUAAUCGUUCAUUAAGUACAAUAUCAAUGAAUGGUUCAUUAUUAAGUCAUGAUUUUUUAAAUAAUUCUCAACAAUUUAAUCAAUCAUUAACACCAAUAACAUCAGAUGAUCCAUUACUUCAAGCACGUAAACAAUCAAAUAUUAAAUUAAAUUGUAUGUUAAGUGGUUAUGGUUUUACAACACCAUUUGGUAAUCAUGAAAAAAUCUUAGGUCAAAAUGAUUUAUUUAAAUUUCAUCAUUAUCAUGAUGUUGGAAAAAGAAAAUUUGAUUUUAAUUUUACAAAUAAUAAUAAUCGAAUGUAUUCAAGUUUAAGAACACGACCAAUGAGUAGAAGUAUUGAUAGUUUUAGACGAGCAACAACUACAAUUGAAAAUGAAAUAAUACCAACAAAUUCAACAGUUGAACCCGAUAAUAAUUUUCGUAUUGAUGAUGAAAAUUUCUCGAAUAAUCCUAUUGAUAAUGAACUUGUCAUACGUGAAGAUGGUGAUAUAAUCGAAUCAGAAUCAAAAGUAUAUUCAUCAAAAGUUCAUGUUACACCAGCUGUUUCACUUCAUGUAAAAACAUUUAUAUCAUCAUCUUCAAAUGUACCUGAUGAAAAUAAAAAUAUUUUAAAUGAUAAAUCUUAUGAUGAACAUAAUGAUGAAUUUGAAAGAAAUUUUUUACGUGCUGUUGAUCGUGCACUUGGUGUUGUUAAUAAUGAUGAAAAUGAUUUAUUACAAACUGUUUAUGAUAUACCAAUGAAAACUGAUAAUUCAAAUAUGAAUCUUAUGGAAAUAACUGAACGUGCACUUUCAACAUUUAAUAAUACAAAUAUUUUUAUGGAUAAUGAACGAAAAAAUGAACCAAUGGAUGAUGAACAUUGUAUUGAUGGUGCUGAAUCACCAAAUGUUGAAUUAUUUGAUCGUACUGGUGAAUUAUUUGAUACAGAAAAUGUUCAUUGGCAAGCAUCUGCUGUUUAUGAUGAUCAACCACCGAUUACAAAUCAUGUAAUUGCUAAUUGUAAUGAUGAAAAUUCUAUUGAUGAUCAUGUAUGGUCAAUUGUUGAUGAUUUAACACGAAAAACUGAUGAAUUUUUACUCGAUGAACCAUCACAGAAUGGCCAACAAUUUUUGGCCUUAUUGGACAAUGAAGAAAAGACGAUAAAAUCAAAAGCAGACAGUUAUAAUAAACUUCUUCAAACUGAUGAUAGUCGUCUAAAUGAUGAUGUUCGUUCUGAUAUAAAUGCUGUGAUUGGUGAAGUUAAUUUAUUACUCAGAGGUAAACUUAAACAAUUUCGUGGUUUAUGUCAAGCAAAUGUAUCAAAAUCAAGAACACCUGCUGGUGAACCAACACCACUUGAUAGUGAUCUUGAAGGUUUUUGGGAUAUCACAUAUCCAUUAAUUGAUAAAGUUAAGAUCAAAUUUACAAAACUUGAUACACGUAAAGCUAAACAAUGGGCUUCAAUUGAAGAUGAAUAUGAUCCAAAUGAUGUUAAUAAUCGACCUCGAAUUAUUGAUGAACGUCUUAAACAACUUCAACCACAUCAAAAUAAAUCAAAAAUAUCAACAACAAAAUCCGCUCAUGAUGAUUUAAAAAAAUUAAUUCAAGAACGACGAAAAGCAGCAGCUAAUGUAUCGAAUACAACAAAUCAAAAUCAUGAUGUAGAAAUAUUCGUUACACAUAAAUAA